AUGACGCACUUGACCGAUAGUGUUAUCGAGCUCAGGAAAACGCCGUUGCGUGGAGCUAUUGAGGGAGUUCUUGUUCUUGUCUUUCAGUUGGGUAUCUUCAUUGCAAAAUGUCGUGCUUAUCGGACGGGAUCCAGGUUUGCUCUCCGGGGCAGAGCUGGUUUCAAAGAGACCCAAAAAGUAGUGGCAGAUUUCAAUGCGCAAAAGGCUCUGCGACUGGUCGAUUCCCCGGCUGAAGACUGGAACUUGACCAAGAAACAGGCGCUGUCCGAUCCAAACUUCACCACCAAGGCUAUGGCUCAGACUGUCAAGGGCUUCCGCACGACAAACAUCCACGGAAUCCGUUCGGAGAACUACACUGGAUCAUCAGCCCAGCUCGUAACUGAGUCGGACAUGACUGACCUAGUGCUCAAGGAUGUUAUUGACGGACAUGCUGUGAACAACUACGGAGUUGCUUCUUCUGUAAACAUAGCUUUCACAGUCGCGCAACGUAUUCUUGAUAAAGGGCUUCUAAGAUCAGCUAACAUUGGCAUCAACGUUGCCGACUUCGAAUAUCGCGAACCUAUGGUCAAGCACCACAAUCCCAUUGAGACUCAGCCGAUCGUGGGAAGUGCCGAGGCCGAUUUGGGAAAGAGACAGGCCCAUAUCAAGUGGUAUAACCCGGCCAAAAACCUGUGGUACUGUCAUGCGACUGUCUUCUACGAAGAUCCCUCAUCUUGGCUGUCGACAUGGUCCCGUUUAGCAGGCCUUGUGACAAGUCGUAUAGCGGCCCUGAACGAUAUGGCCACCAGCGGCAUGGCCGACAAAUUGACGACUAAUCUUGCAUACAGCCUCUUUGGGAAAUUUGUCGACUACUCAGACAUGUAUCGAGCAAUGAAAUCUGUGAUUCUCAACAAAGAUGAAGCUGUGGCUGAAGUAGAGUUCCCUGCCGGUACCGCGGGGACAUGGACGGUGCCUCCCCAUUUCAUAGACGGAUGCGUGUCCUUGUCUGGCUUCAUCCUGAACGGAGGCACCCGUUUCGAUAACACCAAAUGCUUUUACAUAACCCCGUCCUGGAAAUCUAUGCGUUUCGCAAAGCCGCUUGCGCCUGGCAGCCAAUACCUAGCCUACGUCCGAAUGGUAUCUGCGGACAACCAUGACUUUGUAGGCGACGUGUACAUCCUUCAAGACAACGAAAUUGUCGGUGUCGUCGAGGCGAUUGUAUUCACGCAAUGGCCACGAGUCAUGUUGGAUCGCAUUUUCCGGCCCCCAGCUACCAAGGCAGCAGCAUCUGAUAUCUUUCUAGACUCCAGUGAAAUCACGCCCAAGGCGCAGUCAGCUCAGCCAUCUCUCUUUACGAGCGACUCAAAAAUCGUUACAGGCCUGCUGACUCCCCCUUCGCCGGCGCCGAGCGUCCAUCCAAAGGAAAGCAAGUAUGAGUCAACAGCCAUGUCGGUCGUCCGUGCAUUUGAGAUAUAG